AAAAAUUCAGUUUUGGUUGUGUCUUCCAUCGCAAACCAGAAUUCUUUUGGCAAAGAUCGUGGUUUUGAAGAUUUCUACAAGGUUAUUGGCUCGCUCGAAUAUCCCACAUCUUCAAUCAAUAUUGCCUUUUACUGUGGAUCCCUCCAACUAUAUAAUGAUGUAACGAAUUAUCUUGAAGCCAUUAUUAAAGGCGAAUUGUGUACCUACAAUCAAAUGACAAUUUUGUAUGCACCAUUCCUACAAAGCGAUUUCAAAUCGUCAGAACAUUCACCAAAACUUCAAAGACUUCGUCGAAGAAACAUAGCGCAGGGAAGAAAUUUUGCCCUCUUUAAUUCACUUCAGUCAGAACAUUACACUUUAUUUCUAGAUGCUGACGUCAUUCGGUUUGACCACACUAACAUGCUCAAACGAUUUGUGAACUCUGGAAAAGAUAUUAUUGUUCCGCGCAUUGAACUGGGUGGUGAGGUAGACUACGACAAAAAUUCCUGGCGCGGUAACAGAAAAACACCCUCAGCAUCUCAGCUUCAGCUUAUGAAUGAUGAUAAGUGGGAUGAGGCUGGCUACGUUCCUGAGGAUGUAAAAGACGAGAUCUUCCACCUCGGUGACCAUGCCAGAAGUUCAGAUAUGUCAAGUACAGACUCAAACCUUGAUUUAAGUUACACGGUAAAAUUGGACUCAGUGGGAGGAGCUGUGCUCUUUUUGAAGUCGAUCAUUUUCAAGCAAGGAGUGGUUUUCCCAACAAUGAAUAUCGUCGGAACUUCAUGGCAAAGAAAAGAAGGGUAUGAUGGUAUUGAGACAGAAGGGGUCUGCUAUAUGGCUCAAACCUUGGGAUACACAUGCUUUGCCAUGCCAAAUCUAGUUGUGCAGCAC